AUGGAGAUGCACAUGAGAACAACAGUCUCAGGGUCUACCUCCCAGGAGGAGAACAACGAGCUGAUGGCGCUGAGCCUCAACCCACUCGACGAAAAAAGAGAGGCCGCUCGGCUAAGAAACUGGUUCUACCAGCAAGACGUCGCCAGGACCCGCGACAAAAGCACCUGGAACGCCAAGCACGGCCAAGAGGCAGCCAGGCCAAAACGCCUGCUCCUAGGUACGGACGAAAUAAGUUUCACGGCCAAGGAGCAGGAGAAAGUUCUCACCCCACAUCACGACGCCCUGGUCAUAUCGCUAACUGUAGCGAACUGCCUGGUGAAAAGGAUACUGGUGGAUAACGGAAGCGCCGGUAUCACUGAAGGGAUCAAUAUGUCAACCAAGUUCCUUGUCAAUGACCGUGAUUCAUCCUACAAUAUGAUCCUAGGACGGCCCUGGAUUCACGGCAUGGGGGCCGUCCCUUUGACUCUUCACCAGAUGGUGAAAUUUCGUACACCCUGGGGCCUAAAGGUGAUCAGAGGAGAUCAAGAGUAUUCCCGCUCCUGCUACCAGACUACUCUGAAGGGAAAGACCAAGGUCAUAUAA